AUGUCCCGGGGCGAACAGGUUGACCCCGUGGUCUGGCGCUCCUCGCGCCUCCCCACUGCCGCGUCUCGCGACAGGAAGAGCCGAUUGCCUUACGGGAGAGCCAACAGUCUGGCCAAGCCCGACUCGUCUCCUAGGUUACCAGGCCCCUCCAGGGUUCCUGCUGCAGGCAGCGGGGCCUCCAGGAGCCCGGGCUCCUCCAACCUCAACCGUCGCAGCCAGAGCUUCAACAGCAUCGACAAGAGCAAGCCUCUUCAGUAUGCCAGCGGCAACGACAGAGAAUCGGUGAGGGGUAUCCCAGCACCGGGUGGGAUGAAUGGGAGCGGUAUCGGUGGGACAGUUCCCACCAGCCUCAGCGGGCAGCAGCUGGCCUCUGCCAUCCCCUCACCCACCGCCGGCAAGUCCUGGCGCAGCAAGUCCAUGAACCUUAAGCACAGUGCCACGUCGUCCAUGCUGGCGAGCCCCACACACUCGACCUCCCCCACCCACUCACCCCAGGGCUCUGAAGGCGGCUUCCCACAUGGAGGGGACGGGUCAAAAGCUGGAGCCGGUGGAGCUGGACCCCAGAGGUCCAUGCUGGAGAAGUUCCGUUUAAUUAACCCCAGAUCGGCUUCACGGGCCUCUCCAUCUAUGGCGGAGAUGGCUCUGCAGGAGGAAGAUGAUCUAUCGGAGUACGGCGAGGAUGUAUUGACCCCCACGGGGUCUGUGUGCAGCAGUGGUAGUAGCAGUGCUACAACCAAACAAAUGCCUACAAAGACCCCCGCAUCAUCCCUCACUGCAGCAAGCAAAACCUCCCCCUCCUCUUCAUUUUCUAAAUCAUCUGCCAACAGCAGCAGGUCCACCUCCGCGUCCAAAGACAAGGAGGAUAAAAGCAAGUUUGGGAAAUCCAAGGACAACUCUCCACCCAAAGAGGAGCGUGAGUCAUUCACAGACCCCACCAAGAAGAACUCCAAAAUUGCCAGCCUCAUCCCCAAGGGAGGGAAGCCUUCGUCGGGAAAGAAAGAUGGUAGCAGCAUCCCUAAGCCGGGACUUAAAGCUCCCUCCACUGCAACAUCCAAGAGUCAGUCUCAGAGCCAAAGUCAGUCCAACUUAAACAGCAGCGGCAACAUAAGGGGCGGGGACGGGGAGAAAGCCAAGCUGACGAAAGGAGGGCAGGGUGGGAGCUUCUACAUACAGCGCUCCAUCGGGGGCCCAGAGGGGAAAAGGACCAGCAUGACCUCCUCCACCAGCACCUCCGCCCUGUCCGGGUCCAGUGGGAUGCUGGCAGGGGGAGGAGGUGGUGGUGGAGGAGGUGGAGGCGCGCUUGGUGGUAAUGGAGUAGUUCAGCUUCCUCAGCAGCAGCAGCACAACCAUCCCAACACUGCCACUGUGGCCCCCUUCAUGUACAGGACAUUCUCAGAAAACGACUGCACCAUGGUGGCCCCAGCCGACCCCUGCCUCAGCCCCACCAAGGGAGAGCUGGUCUACAGCAAGACAGCCAAACAGUGCCUGGAGGAGAUAUCAGGACUACCGCCGCCUGCUGGCAUGAAGAGAUAUUUCCUCUCAGGCCUGUGCAGAAGGUACGUGGUGGUUGGCCGUCGUCUGUAA